AUGUCUGAGCCCAUCAGGAAUAAGAAGGCGGAAUUCCCCGUGGCCCCGACUCCACAAAACACCCCAGCCAACAAUGCUCCUAUCUCUUCCCAUGCUCAGCAGCCAGGGAUUGCUAGCAUCAAAGAAGAGUCUCUUGACCAUGCUACGGCGGCUUCCCUGUUUGCACGCAACCCCGGGCUUGUUUCAAUGAUCCAGGGAAAAUUGGGAUCCCUUGUUGGCCGCUCUUCAGGCUACAUUGAAUCCUUACCUGUCUCAGUCCGCAGACGUGUCGCUGGCUUGAAGGGUAUUCAGAAGGAACACGCUAAACUGGAAGCUCAGUUUCAGGAAGAGGUCCUGGAACUUGAGAAGAAGUACUUUGCCAAGUUCACUCCUCUGUACCAGCGACGUUCCACGAUAGUCAAUGGAGCCGCGGAGCCUACGGAUGGCGAAAUCGAAGCGGGACAGGGUGAGGAAGAUGAUGACGACUCUAAAGACGAGCCUGAGACCACGAAGGACGAGGAGCAAGAGUCACCAAUCACCGGUAUACCCGAAUUUUGGCUUUCGGCUAUGAAGAACCAGAUUUCUCUUGCAGAAAUGAUCACUGAACGGGACGAAGAUGCCUUGAAGCAUCUCAUCGACAUUCGCAUGGAAUAUCUCGAUCGUCCAGGCUUCCGCCUUAUCUUCGAAUUUUCGGCUAAUGCCUUUUUCACGAACAAGCUCAUCUCGAAGACAUAUUACUACAAGGAAGAGAACGGCUAUGGCGGUGAUUUUAUUUACGACCAUGCUGAGGGCACUAAGAUCGAUUGGAAGGCUGAUCAGGAUCUCACUGUCCGCAUUGAGAGCAAAAAGCAGAGAAAUAAGAAUACGAAACAGACUCGGGUUGUCAAGAUUACCGUUCCCACGGAGUCAUUCUUCAAUUUCUUUUCUCCUCCUCAGCCCCCAACAGAAGAUGAUGACACUGUUGCCACUGAUAUCGAGGAGCGACUUGAACUUGAUUACCAGCUUGGUGAAGAUAUCAAGGAGAAGCUCAUACCUAGAGCCAUUGACUGGUUCACGGGGGAGGCUCUUCAGUUUGAGGAGCUGGGUGAGGACAUGGAUGAAGAUGAAUUUGACGACGAGGACGACGAAGAUGAGGAUGAAGAGGAUGAUGACGAUGAGGAUAGGAGAUCCGACCGGGACGUUGACGAUGAUUCGGAAGAAGAGGAUGGUGCCUCUAAGCCAAAGAAGGAGGCAGCGGAAUGCAAACAAAGCUGA